AGAGGAAAAUAAUUUAUUGAGCGCGCCAUCUGGUAGCGGUGCCGGGGGUGUGCUGGCGGCGCUGCGUGUUUACUUCCUUUCCACGAUCGGCCGCUAGCAUGUCCACACACCGGAAGAAGACGAGGAAGCUGAGGGGGCAUGUCAGCCACGGGCAUGGCCGCGUUGGCAAGCACCGCAAGCACCCUGGUGGCCGUGGUAAUGCCGGUGGCAUGCACCACCACAGAAUUAACUUUGACAAGUACCAUCCUGGAUACUUUGGAAAGGUUGGUAUGAGAUCGUACCAUGACCGCCCCAACCACAGAUGGGCCCCUAUUGUCAAUCUGGACAAGUUGUGGUCACUGGUGUCAGAGCAGACCAGAACCAAGUAUGCCAAGGUCACCAAAAAGGCGCCCGUUAUCAAUGUUGUGAGAUCAGGCUAUUACAAGGUUCUGGGCAAGGGUAACCUUCCCAAGCAGCCCGUCAUUGUCAAGGCCAAGUUCUUCUCUCGCAAAGCUGAGGAAAAGAUCAAGUCUGUUGGAGGCUGCUGCGUGCUUGUGGCUUAGAUGACAGAAGGCAAAAUUCAAUCUAUGGCAUGUCAUCAGGUUUCAGAGCACUUUGAUAAUAAAGUUGAGAGGUA